GUACGUUUUCUCCACCCAAAAACCAAAUAAGUAAAAAUCGAACAUCCAAAAAUCUAUCAUCAUCAGUUAAUCCCGGACAGGCUAACAAACAUAAAACUACGACACACGAACGCCUCCGCAAUCAGAUCAGAUCAGGUCUCUUUAUCUUUCUCUCUGCCCUUACAUUUUCGAGAUCUUAUUUUAAAGGAUCUCUUCCCUCACCUGAUCAAGAUUCUUGAACCACCUAUUGCCAUUUCAGGUCAGACGUCUCUUUUUAUUUGCAUUUUUUCAUUGAACGAAAAGGUAGAGGUAGAUAAUAAUGCAUCCCGUCUAUAUUGAAAAUAUUGAGAUGUAAAGACUUUUAGCUGGAUUGGAAAUUCUAGAUUGGUGGAAUUGUUUAUUUCUUUUGGAUUGAUGAGUUAAUAUGGCUCUUAGUUAGAGUAAGACAGGAGAUGGUAGACAGUAAUUUGGAGGUGGAAAAGGAUGAUGCAAUUGAGCUUCAAGAUAUUCAGAAAGAAAGUGACAGACCGGUUCUUCGAAGGGAACCAUCUUUCUCACGCUGGUUUGACGAGGACGGCGUCAUUCAUUUCGAUCGUCCUUUGGAGCAUGCUGAUGAAACUGUAGAAGACUCUGAUUUUGAGUUGCCGUUUCUUCAAACUGAAGGACAAGAGAGCAAAUUAUUGAGCAAGGACCGACUGUCUAAUCCGAGAAACAUGCACCUGAAUGGGAAUCACACCAUGCCCAUGGUUAGGACUCAUAAUCAUGUGGAUGAAAAUACAAAUGGACUGAACUAUGUGCCAUUUGACAUUGAAAAUGAGUCUAUUCGAGAAUUGCCUGUUUCAGAUUUUGAUGCCCAUGACUCCAGUUCAAGAGGAAGCCAUAAAACGACACUGGAUACACAGAAUUCUCUUGAUAUGGCCAUUGUGCUCAAGACAUUGUUUUUCAUACUCGUAUGGUACACUUUCAGUACAUGUUUGACAAUUUAUAACAAAACAUUAUUAGGAGAAAAGUUGGGUAAAUUCCCGGCUCCCAUGUUGAUGAAUACUAUCCACUUUGGGAUGCAAGCUGUUCUAUCGAAUUUUAUUACAUGGUUUUGGUCUAACAGAUUUCAACCCACAGUAACAAUGUCAUGGAAGGAUUACUUCAUGAGAGUUGUUCCCACGGCUCUUGGAACUGCACUGGACAUAAACCUGAGCAAUGCCUCUCUUGUGUUCAUCUCUAUCACAUUUGCCACCAUGUGUAAAUCAGCAUCUCCUAUAUUUCUACUUCUAUUUGCUUUUGCAUUCAAGUUGGAGUCUCCAAGUGUUAAACUUCUUGGCAUCAUAUCAGUCAUCUCUGUUGGAAUUUUGUUAACAGUUGCAAAGGAAACAGAGUUUCAAUUUUGGGGAUUCGUAUUUGUUAUGCUUGCUGCUGUCAUGUCUGGGUUUCGCUGGUCCAUGACUCAGAUUCUUUUGCAGAAAGAAACUUAUGGUCUAAAGAACCCACUUACUCUGAUGAGCUAUGUUACUCCAGUUAUGGCUGUGGCAACUGCUAUACUCUCUCUUGCUAUGGAUCCAUGGGAUGAAUUCAGAAAGAAUAUUUACUUUGAUAGUUCAUGGCAUGUCUUUCGAAGUGCAUUGUUGAUGUUUCUUGGCGGAACGCUAGCCUUCUUUAUGGUUUUAACAGAAUACAUUCUUGUCUCAGCAACCAGUGCGGUAACUGUAACAAUUGCAGGAGUCGUCAAGGAAGUUGUCACUAUUUUGGUUGCGGUGUUUUACUUCCAUGACAAAUUUACCUGGUUGAAGGGAGUUGGGCUCUUCAUAAUAAUCUUUGGUGUCAGUUUAUUCAACUGGUACAAAUAUCAAAAGCAUCAAGAACGCCAAACUAGUGUAGUUGAUGAAUCUGGGUUAUCACCCAAAAAUGUAGCUGCGAAGUAUGUUAUCCUUGAGGAGAUGGAGGAUCACGAUGUCGAUACUUGAGAAUUUUAGUUGUCUUUUUGACAUGAAAAUGAGGAUAUAGAAGUAUGCCGAGGAUACUGCAGCUGUUAAUAGCCAUGGAUUUCUUAAUAGAGGAUAUGUUUUCAUAUUUUGUUAAUCUCUUGGAAGAGUAAAGGUUGUGACACAAGUCUCUCCAGUAACCUAGCAUUCCAGAUCCUCGAUCAUCUGGUAGAAGGCCACUUUUUGUUCUUGUAAAUUGGUUUACAUAAUUCCACAGUUUCUCCAUGAAGAUAUUUGUAUUUUAGGUAGGAUGUCGGGGGGAUUUUAAACUAAGGGAGAUGGAGGCUAUACAACUCCUUCAAUUUUCAAAGGCUAGAUUAAACUGAUAACAUUUUGGUUUCGAUGAGCUAUAUUCUGAAUAAUUUACUGACUUAGAAUAUGUGUAUUCCAUUUUUUAUAGUAUGAUAUCUUCAAUUCAUUGAAACAUAGAUGAUGUACAGGUAACAGCAGCAAGCUGUAAUAGAUUGUACCAAUUUGUGUUAUUCAGUUAUGGUUCUGAACGCUGCCAUA